GAAGUGUCAAGAAAAGAAUGUUUAAAAGACAAGAAACAAAAAGGAAUCCAGUAUUUAAGGAAAAGAAUAAUUCUAAAUCGACUGAUAGAAACUUUGUGGCUCCUGAUCAAACUAUUGACCAUACAGUUUCGACAACCAUUAGCUUCAAAGGAUCUGGUAAUAGAAUUAAAAAAGUAUUAAAUGCCGCAAAUGCUGAAAAAGCAUCAUUAAAUAUAAAAUGUACAAGUCGUACUGAUUAUUGUGAUGGUACAAAUAAAAGAAGUACAAAGAAAAGAAAGUCUACAAAACUAGAAACAAAAAAUAAUCCCAAAUUUAAAAAUAAGAUAAACUAUAAAUCAACUAAGAAAUAUGUUGUUGCUUCUGAUCAAAAUAUUAAUUGUACAGGUUCAACAACCAUUGGCUUCAAAGAGAGCGAUAAUAGUAUUGAAGAAAUAAAAACUAUAUCACCUAUAAAUGUUGAAAGUCUCAAUUCUACGAAUAUUAAUAGAGCUAGAGAAGAGUCUCGGAUGAAUAAAUGUCCCAAUAAGAAUAUUAAAAAUUCAACAGUUUUUGACGAUACCUUAAAAAAUGUUCGUUUAUUAUCUAAAAAAUUUGAGACUGUAAAUUAUAACACACAUUCAAAUUUAGUUAAAAGAAAACCAUUACCACCAAUUAAGUUUGAAAAGUCACAUAGUUCAUCUCUUAUCAGUUCAAAUACCCAUAUUGAUACAGAAAAUAAAUUUCAUAUGACUCAAACUCUAAAAAUAGAAGAUAAUAUGGAAUCUACACAGAAUUUUUUUCAACCAACUCCUGAACGUAUAAAGACUAACGAUGGAGAAGAAUAUGGAAUUAUUGGUAUGCAAACAAUUAUAAGUGAUAUUGUUUACAAUUGUUGGUCAUUAGAGAUAGAACAACUCUAUAAUGUAUUUAGAAGUAUGAAUUAUCCAAAUUGUUCAUCAUGUAUAAUGAUGACCUGUGAAAAGGUAAAUUUCAACUUGGAUUGGAAAACUACUGCGAGAUCUUUCAUGCAUCUAAAAUCACUUAAUGCUCUGGAACCUACCAAAGCAUUAUUUAAAAAUGCAAUUUCUGGCUAUUCCAUCAAUUUUAAGGAAGAACUCUUAAGAUGUGAAAAAUGUUAUUUGGUCGUUCAUAAAGUGUGUUAUGGUAUUAAAAAUGUAGAUACAUGUAUUCCUUGGUUGUGUGAUCGUUGCAUGAAAAAUCCUAUGCAUUCUGCUUGUGUAUACUGUCCAUUAAAAUACGGUGCUCUCAAAGAAUAUAAAAUCAAUGAAUGGUCUCAUGUUGAAUGUUAUCUUUUUGUGCACGGCAGUAGUCCAUUAACUACCAAUAUUUUUUCAACAGACUUUAAAACUAACCAAAAGUGUGUAAUAUGCAAUUUAACAUCUGGUAAUUGUUUCCGUUGCUCUGAUGGUGGUUGCAACUCAUGGUUCCAUAUUUCUUGUGGAAUAUUUGCUGGAUUUCAGUAUCGCAUUGACGGAAUCAACAAGCAUAUUUUAAUCAAUUGCAUUGAUCAUUGUUACGUUUCAGAUAAACAACAAGUAAUUCACAUAAACCAAAAAGUAUGGGUGAGACAAUCAAAUAAUAAUAGUAACAAUAAUAAUACAUUUAACAGAGAAUGUAGAAUUGUAGACGUUAAAGAGACUCCUUUUUGCAUUGUAAAAUUCAGUGAUAAUUCAAUAUCAGACAGAAUUCCAAUAAAACAAAUUAAGAACUUUGAAAAUGAUACUCCAUCCAUUAACCAAGAAAUACAUUUAGAAUCUGGUGACAAAGGCUUAUUCCUGGGGUUGAAUUAUAAUGAUCCGACAUAUGAAGUUGUGUAUAACAAUGGAAAUUCUGGUUCUGUACACGCUCAUGAUAUAAAAUUCUGGGAAAGAAAGCAAGUUAACUAUUUAAAACAAAACGGCAGGCGUUGGUUAGCUAAAUACAGAAAAAAUUUGGGUUCAAAAAUCGAGUGGACCAAGUGAUACUUUUUUCAGAAAAAUAUUCAAAAAAACUAGGUUGUCUGGCCGAAGUUGUACCCACCCUACCACAUAAUGGUUGAUAGGUUAUGUCAUAAGCUAUCAACCAUGAUGCUUUAUGAUAUUGACCAUUAAGCUGUUGUAUUGUGACGGUUAAUUUUUUUUUCGUACCCUCUGUAAAGAAGUUUCACUUGAAAAAAAAAAAGAAGAAAAUAAUUUAUAAUGUCUUAUAAACAUGUUUACUGUUUUACAUCAUAGUCGAUUCACUAUAACAUAAUUAGAACUUUUUAAUUUUAUAUUAUGGAAAAAAAAUGUCUUUAUCGCCUAAAUUAUA